UUCAAGAGAAACUAAAAAGGGAGUAGGCCUACAUAUGCAAGUGGUGGUGAGUGUAGCUCCGUUCUACUGUUUGAAUCGUUGUGGCCAGGAUUAAGAAAUGUUAUUGAAUCUGUUUCAUUCAAGAGCGAUCGUACAUACUAUUUGGUGUGAUUUUAAAUGUGUUCCCGUGGUCAGUUAUUAUGUUAAAGCAACGACACGGCUCACAUCAUUGAAUAAGAUAUGUUUGAAUAGCGUGAACGCCUCGCGGGGAUUCACCAUCGAUCAUAGUGUUUUAAGCAAGAAGACGUCCCCGGUAUUAGGAAAAUCUCCUAGACCGGUUACUACCCGCCGGUUAUUAGACACAACACGUGUGUUUGUACGAGAGCUGAGUACCUCCCUCAGACAACUCCAGUAUGAUCUCAAGGCAGGCGAUCCCAGGGCGGGGGGCCGGGCACGCCUCCUUUUUGACACCCACGCCAUGGUUCGACUCCUUGAAGACAACGGUUUCAGCACGCCGCAGGCGGAGGUGAUGGUCAGCAUGCUGGUCAGGACCACCCACUCAAACAUGGACGCCAUCUACAGCGACAUGGCCACCAAAGUGCAGCAGGAGAUAAUGUUGCAGCGAGUCAUGUCCCAGAUAGCAGCCGUCAAGAAGGACAUGAUCAUUCUGGAGAAGAGCGAGUUCUCCAUGCUGCUGGCAGAGAAUGAGAAAGUCAAGAUACAUCUGUUACAGCUGAAGGGUCAGCUGGCUGACUUGAUGAAUAAGGUGCGCUCCGACACCCUUUUAGACAUGAGCAUCGAGAAAAGCCGUGUGAAGGAAAUGAAAGCACUGUAUGAGAAGAAACUCUUGGAAACGCGAACAGACAUAAUGGAAAUGAAUGCAGAGCACGAUUGCCAUUUGACCCGGACUAACAUGAAAAUAGACACAGAGGUGGCAGGUCUUAAGACUAUGUUGGAAUCACACAAAUUGGACACCAUCAAAUACCUUGCAGGUUCAGUGUUUACCUGUCUGACAGUGGCCUUGGGUUUCUAUCGCAUUUGGAUGUAAACGAAUCAGCAACACUUCCACUGCAUUCCAUUCAAAUGUGUUUAAACUGUGUUAAUGUAUUCUCCAACACAUCCGGGUUUCCACUGCACAAGGUCCCCUUUUACUUACCGAGUCUGCUGCCUGUUUAUGGAGAUCAGGUUUGUCUUCAGGUCUCCAGAUUCAGUUACUGCACACCAAGGAAGACAUGCAUCCCAUUGGUCUUAUGGAAUAAGAGCACAAUUCCCUGGGUUGAACGAGUCGUGGAUGGAUUGCUUUCAUUCUAUCGACAUUUAGUAACAUAUACAUUUGGCCAAAAGCCAAAAAGUGUGCUUUGAAAAGGAAUUUAAAUCUUCAAUAAUAUUUAGUAAAAUUUAUUAAGUUAAUAUUGUCUUUAUAAUUCAAAUUAUGGUAAUAAGCUAGCCUGGCAAGCCAGACCCAUAUCGGAAAGAUAUUGGCUCCCUGGCUGACUCCCUGGCUGCAAAUUCAAUUUGCUGCCGCUAGGGGCGUCUAGAUUUCUAGGCUAGUAAUAACCAUGACCAAAAUAACAAUAAAAAUGUUUAUUUGAGAUGCAAACAACUGACUACACUGCAAGGUCAUAUAACCUGAAUUAUAUUAUUUAUUGAGAUCAAAUAUUUGUUAUCACAUCAUUGUUAAUAAAAGCUUAUUUUAUU